UUUCUAGGAACCUUAUUCAUCUCUGGAAGGUCACCUGCAGAAAUGGCCCCUGUCCUUCACUUUUAUGUCCGCCCCUCCGACCACAGUGGGGCAGCCUCUAGACGUGUUCUCCAGAAGCUACAGGAGAAACUGCCAACACUUCAGAGUGUGGAGACGGAGCUGUGCUACAACGUGCACUGGGCAGCUGAGACCCUGCCAGGGGCUGAGGACAUGAAGAAGCUGGUAUGGCUGUUCGGCUGCCCCUUGUUGGUGGAUGAUGUUGCUCAGAAGUCCUGGCUUGCUCCCGGCUCCAAUGAUGUGCUGCUGGAGGUGGGACCCAGGCUGAAUUUCUCUACUCCAGCCUCCACCAACAUUGCUUCUGUGUGCCAGGCAGCUGGGCUGAGAGCUGUGGAUCGGGUAGAGACCACCCGGCGCUUCCGGCUUUCGUUUGCCAACCCCCCCACGGCUGACAUGGCCGCCGUUUCUCUGGCUGCCUUGCAUGACCGCAUGACGGAGCAGCACUACCCUGACCCCAUCCAGAGCUUCUCCGCUCAGAGCAUCCCAGCCCCGCUCAAUGGCUCCAUUGAUAUACUAGCCGAGGGCCGGCCUGCCCUGGAGAAGGCCAACCAGGAGCUAGGUUUGGCUCUUGACUCCUGGGACCUGGAUUUCUACACCAAGCGUUUUCAAGAACUGCAGCGGAACCCGAGUACAGUGGAGGCCUUUGACCUGGCCCAAUCCAACAGUGAGCACAGUCGACACUGGUUCUUCAAGGGCCAGCUCCACGUGGACGGGCAGAAGCUGGCACAUUCCCUGUUCGAGUCCAUCAUGAGCACUCAGGCAUCCUCAAACCCGAACAAUGUCCUCAAGUUCUGUGACAACAGCAGUGCCAUCCAGGGAAAGGACGUCCGGUUCCUACAGCCCGAGGACCCUACACGACCAAGCUGCUUCCGGCAACAACAGGGCCUUAGACAUGUUGUCUUCACAGCAGAGACACAUAACUUCCCCACAGGAGUGGCCCCUUUCAGCGGUGCAACCACAGGCACCGGCGGCCGCAUCAGAGAUGUCCAGUGCACGGGCCGUGGGGCCCAUGUGGUGGCCGGCACUGCUGGCUAUUGCUUUGGAAACCUGCACAUCCCAGGCUACAGUCUGCCCUGGGAGGAUCCAAGCUUCCAGUACCCUGGGAACUUUGCCAGGCCUUUGGAAGUUGCUAUUGAGGCCAGUAAUGGAGCAUCUGACUAUGGCAACAAGUUUGGAGAACCAGUCCUGGCUGGAUUUGCCCGCUCUUUGGGUCUCCAGCUUCCAGAUGGUCAGCGGCGUGAGUGGAUCAAGCCCAUCAUGUUUAGUGGGGGCAUUGGGUCCAUGGAAGCCAAGCAUGUAGGCAAAGAAGCCCCAGAGCCAGGCAUGGAGGUUGUGAAGGUCGGAGGUCCUGUGUACAGGAUCGGAGUCGGGGGCGGAGCUGCUUCUUCUGUGCAGGUUCAGGGGGACAAUACCAAUGACCUGGACUUCGGAGCUGUGCAACGAGGGGACCCAGAAAUGGAGCAGAAGAUGAAUCGUGUGAUCCGGGCUUGUGUGGAAGCCCCAGGAGGGAACCCCAUCUGCAGCCUUCAUGACCAGGGUGCUGGUGGCAACGGCAACGUCCUAAAGGAGCUGAGUGACCCAGCGGGAGCCGUCAUUUAUACCAGCCGCUUCCAGCUGGGUGACCCAACCUUGAAUGCACUGGAAAUCUGGGGGGCCGAGUACCAGGAGUCGAAUGCGCUUCUGCUGAGGCCCUCUGACCGGGACUUCCUGAGUCGCGUCAGUGCCCGUGAACGCUGCCCAGUUUGUUUUGUGGGCUCCAUCACAGGAGACAAGAGAAUCGUGCUAGUGGAUGAUCGAGAGUGCCCAGUAGGGAAAAGUGGCCAGGGAGACGGCCCCCUGACACCUCCACCCACCCCUGUGGACCUGGACCUUGACUGGGUUCUGGGAAAGAUGCCUCGAAAGGAGUUCUUCCUCCAGAGGAAACCCCCUGUGCUGCAGCCUCUCGCCUUACCUCCAGAGCUGAGUGUGCGCCAGGCUCUGGAGCGGGUUCUGAGGCUGCCAGCUGUGGCCAGCAAGCGCUACCUCACCAACAAGGUGGAUCGCUCUGUGGGUGGCCUGGUGGCUCAGCAGCAGUGUGUCGGACCCCUGCAGACUCCUCUGGCUGAUGUGGCUGUUGUGGCACUGAGCCACCAGGAGCUCGUGGGGGCCGCCACAGCCCUGGGAGAGCAGCCAGUCAAGAGCCUGCUGGACCCCAAGGUUGCUGCCAGGCUAGCUGUGUCUGAAGCCCUCACCAACCUGGUGUUCGCCCUGGUCACUGAUCUCCGAGAUGUGAAGUGCAGCGGGAACUGGAUGUGGGCAGCCAAGCUCCCAGGUGAGGGUGCAGCGCUGGCCGAUGCCUGUGAGGCUAUGGUGACAGUGAUGGCAGCGCUGGGUGUGGCAGUAGAUGGUGGCAAGGAUUCCCUCAGCAUGGCUGCUCGGGUUGGCACUGAGACCGUGCAGGCUCCUGGGUCACUGGUCAUCUCGGCGUAUGCUGUCUGUCCAGACAUCACAGCCACCGUGACCCCAGACCUCAAGCAUCCUGGAGGGAGAGGGCGGCUGCUCUAUGUGCCUCUGAGCCCUGGCCAGCACCGGCUGGGGGGCACGGCUCUGGCCCAGUGUUUCUCCCAGCUCGGGGAGCACCCUCCUGACCUAGACCUUCCGGAGAACCUCGUGCGUGCCUUUCAAAUCACCCAGGGGCUGCUGAAAGAUCGCCGUCUUUGCUCAGGGCAUGAUGUCAGCGAUGGAGGGCUUGUCACCUGCCUGCUAGAGAUGGCCUUUGCUGGAAAUUGUGGGAUGGAGGUGGAUGUGCCUGCCCCCGGAGUCCAUGCACUGCCUGUGCUGUUUGCUGAGGAGCCUGGCCUGGUGUUGGAGGUACAAGAGGCAGAUGUAGCCGGAGUGCUGCAGCGGUACCAGGGUGCAGGCCUACACUGUCUGGAGCUGGGCCACACUGGUGCUGCUGGGCCGCAGGCCAUGGUCCGAGUGUCAGUGAAUGGGGCUGUAGUGGUAGAGCAGCCUGUUGGGCAGUUGAGAGCCCUCUGGGAAGAGACAAGUUUCCAGCUGGACCUACUGCAGGCUGAGCCACGCUGUGUGACAGAGGAGAAUCAGGGCCUGAAGGAGAGGACAGGACCCAGCUACUGCCUGCCACCUACCUUCCCCGUGGCCUCUGUGCCCUGCAACCCUGGUGGCCUCAUCCCCCGAGUUGCAAUCUUGCGAGAAGAGGGCAGUAACGGAGACCGGGAGAUGGCUGACGCCUUUCACCUGGCUGGGUUUGAGGUGUGGGAUGUGACCAUGCAGGAUCUCUGCUCUGGGGCCAUCAAGCUGGACACGUUCCGUGGUGUGGCCUUUGUGGGAGGCUUCAGCUAUGCAGACGUCCUGGGCUCUGCCAAAGGUUGGGCAGCUGCAGUGACCUUUAACCCACAGGCCAGGGAAGAGCUGGGCCGCUUCCGCAGGCGGCGAGACACCUUCAGCUUGGGCGUGUGCAAUGGCUGUCAGCUGCUGGCCCUUCUGGGCUGGGUGGGAGGUGACCCCGAUGCAGAGCAAGACGCACCAAGCCAGGCCUCCCGACCAGUCCAGCCAGGCCUCCUCCUCCGCCACAAUCUGUCUGGGCGCUAUGAGUCCCGGUGGGCCACCGUGCGUGUGGAGCCCGGGCCAGCCCUGAUGCUUCAAGGGAUGGCAGGCUCUGUGUUGCCUGUGUGGAGCGCUCAUGGGGAAGGUUACAUGGCAUUUUCUUCUUCUGAACUCCAAGCCAAGAUCAAGGCCAGGGGCUUAGUUCCUCUGCACUGGGCAGACGACGAUGGGAACCCCACAGAGCAGUACCCCUUGAACCCCAAUGGGUCUCCAGGGGGCAUGGCUGGCAUCUGCUCACAGGAUGGCCGCCACCUGGCGCUCAUGCCGCACCCCGAGCGGGCUGUGAGGCUCUGGCAGUGGGCGUGGCGGCCUGCUCCCUGUGCUGCCCUGGCCUCCUCCCCAUGGCUGCAGCUCUUCAUCAAUGCCUGGAACUGGACCCAGCAGGACAGCUGCUGAGAAGACUGCGUGUCCACCCUGGCCACAGCUCAUCCUUUGAUUCAGCUGCCCUCUUCCCAUGUGUUUUCCAGAAGCAUCUUAGACAAGAACCAAAAUACUAGGACGAUAUCAGCUGCUCUGCUCAUUUUAGCCUUGCACCUGCUGGAGCUGCCCUCGGUUCUUGAGUUAACAUGGCUCCCCGGCACCAGCCUCAGGCUCCGAGGACGGCUGACAGUGCAGUGGGUGGGCCGGGCUCUGCUGCACUUCUUGCCAGUGAUCAUCACCACGUCACCCUCUUUCUCUCAUUUUUGAACUCCGAAUGAAGUU